AUGAUUAAAGCCAUACUAAUAUUCAACAACCAUGGGAAACCUCGGCUUUCUAAAUUCUACGAGCAUUACGUGAGUAUGCAAUUGUUUCGAAUCUGCUGUAGCUAGCUAGCAUGCAUAUAACAAUGUUAAGUUAUCUAGUUAGCUAUUGUUUGGGCUAAUUCAUUGCACCAAUAUUAUUGCAAACAAACAAACAAAGUUAGCUAGCUAUACUGUUUUAGGUGGUGUAAUUUGUGACCUGACUGGCUUGUUUACGUGGCUAGCGAUGUCAUUGAUCUUGACUUGGGAUAUCCUAUAUCAGACUGAGCAACAUUGUUCUUUUAAUAAUUCAGAAUGUGUAGGAAUAGCUAUCGUUUCACACACACAGCCUAACUACUGGAGUUUGCAAUAAUAAUAGUUUGCAAUAAUAAUGGUGCAAUGAAUUAGCCCAAACAAUAGCUAGCUAGAUAACUUAAUAUUGUUAUAUGCAUGCAGGCUUUUCCUGUCUCCUAACAGUCUCAUGCACUGAUCACUGAGGUAUAAAUGCUUCGUGUUCGUUCUGUCCUUCCAAAGGUGUUUACGUCACAUGACACGCCGAUGUUCACGUUAUUUACUUGUGCUCCUGCCAAUCAAUCAAUGAAUUCCUCAUCAAAAUAGUUUUUUGUGUAUAAAAGAUGAACAUGUAUUACUGGUCACAGGUUAGUAGACAAAGGGACAGACUAGCUAACCAUAUAGAGUCAGAUUAUAGAUAACGGUAACAUAAUUGUGCUGAGACUCAGAUUUUUCACAUUUUGUUACCUUACAGCCUUAUUCUAAAAUGGAUGAAAUUGUUUUUCCUCAUCAAUCUAUGCACAAUACCCCAUAAUGCCAAAGCAAAAACAGGUUUUUAGAUUUUUUAGAAAAUUUAUUCAAAAUAAAAAACUUUAAUCACAUUUUCAUAAGUAUUCAGACCCUUUACUCAGUACUUUGUUGAAGCACUUUUGGUAGCGAUUACAGCCUUGAGUCUUCUUGGGUAUGACGCUGCAAGCUUGGCACACCUGUAUUUGGGGAGUUACUCCCAUUUAUCUCUGCAGAUCCUCUCAAGCUCUGUCAGGUUGGAUGGCGAGCGUCGCUGUACAGCUAUUUUCAGGUCUCUCCAGAGAUGUUUGAUCAGGUUCAAGUCCGGCCUCUGGCUGGGCCGGUCAAGGACAUUCAGAGACUUGUCCCGAAGCCACUCCUGCGUUGUCUUGUCUGUGUGUUUAGGGUCGUUGUCCUGUUGGAAGGUGACCCUUGGCCCCAGUCUGAGGUCCUGAGUGCUCUGGAGCAGGCUUUCCUCAAGGAUCUCUCUGCACAAUUGGCCCAGCGUCAUCCGGGUUAGGGGAGGGUUUGGCCGGCCGGGAUGUCCUUGUCCCAUCGCGCUCUAGCAACUCCUGUGGCGGGCCGGACAAACGCACGCUGACGUGGUCGCCAGUUGUACUGUGUUUCCUCCGACACAUUGGUGCGGCUGGCUUCUGGGUUAAGCGAGCAGUGUGUCAAGAAGCAGUGCGGCUUGGCAGGAUCGUGUUUCGGAGGACGCAUGGCUCUCGACCUUCACCUUACCGAGUCCGUACAGGAGUAGCAGCGAUGGGACAAGACUGUAACUACUAAUUGGAUAUCACGAAAUUGGGGUAUACCAUUAAAAAAAAAAAAAGGAUCUCUCUGUACUUUGCUCCGUUCACAUUUCCCUCGAUCCUGAUUUAGUCUACCAAUCCCUGCUGCUGAAACACAUCCCCACAGCAUGAUGCUGCCACCACCAUGCUUCACCGUAGGGAUGGUGCCAGGUUUCCUCCAGACGCGGGCUGUCAUGUGCCUUUUUUACUGAGGAGUGGCUUCUGUCUGGCCACUCUACCAUAAAGGCCUGAUUGGUGGAGUGCUGCAGAGAUGGUUGUCCUUCUGGCAGGUUCUCCCAUCUCCACAGAGUAACUCUGGAGCUCUGUCAGAGUGACCAUCGGGUUCUUGGUCGCCUCCCUGACCAAGGCCCUUCUCCCCCGAUUGCUCAGUUUGGCCGGGCGGCCAGCUAAAGGAAGAGUCUUGGUGGUUCCAAACUUCUUCCAUUUAAGAAUGAUGGAGGCCACUGUGUUCUUGGGGACCUUCAAUGCUGCAGACAUUUUUUGGUACCCUUCCCCAGAUCUGUGCCUCGACACAAUCCUGUCUCGUAGCGCUACGGACAAUUCCUUCGACCUCAUGGCUUGGUUUUUGCUCUGGCAUGCACUGUCAACUGUGGGACCUUAUAUAGACAGGCGUGUGCCUUUCCAAAUCAUAUCCAAUCAAUUGAAUUUACCACAGGUGGACUCCAAUCAAGUUGUAGAAACAUCUCAAGGAUGAUCAAUGGACAGGGGAUGCACCUGAGCUCAAUUUCGAGUCUCAUAGCAAAGGGUCUGAAUACUUAUGUAAAUAAGGUAUUUAUGUUUUUAAUUUUUUAUACAUUUGCUAAAAUUUCUAAAAACCUGUUCGCUUUGUCAUUAUGGGGUAUUGUGUAUAGAUUGAUGAGGAACAUUUAUUAAAUCAAAUUUAGAAUAAGGCUGUAACAAAACAAAAUGUGCACUGUACAUAUGAAAUGGGUAAAACAGUAUGUAAACAUUAUUAAGGUGACCAGUGUUCCAUGUCUAUGUCCAUAGGGCAGGGAUGAGUAACCAGGUGGUAGCUUACUAAUUGAUAGAUCUACCUGGACUUGUUACUUCUGUGAACUUUCAUUAUCCUCCCUCAUGAAGGAGGGAAAUUAGAAAAUAUCUUAAAGAUAUGUGGGUUUUUGGUCAUGGAAUUUCAAGGCACAAGGCAAUGUUUCUUAAACUUACAGAAGGCAGAACAAUUUAUUCAUAACGAAAUAUGUGUUUAUUAGUUGGCAGGGGUCUUUACUUCAACAUUAUUGUGUUUUGAUGUAUUUCUAAUAUAUUUUAAGACUUUUUCUGGUAGAUGUUUUCUAAUCAGUCCAUUUCCAUCAGUUUGACCAGAAAUCAAAGCCUUUGCUUACUCCAAAUGUUUAGGAUGGAAAACAGUUGGAAAAUGUAUAUAUUCCAGGGCUUGACAUUAACUUCUUUAGUCACUUGUCCUUCGCAUAAGUAGGACUGAUUUUCUCACUUGUCCAGAAAUACAACAUUUAUAUAUAAUUGUAUGUUGCAAGGAACCACUUUACAAAAUAACAUUAAUUAUUAUCAUUAUUAGCCUAUUACCAUAGAGCAGGGGUGUCAAACUAAUUCCAUGGAGGGUCUAGGCCCUAGAAAACCAGGUGAGGGGAGUUCCUUACUAAUUAGUGACCUUAAUCCAUCAAUCAAGUACAAGGGAGGAGUGAAAACCCGCAGACGCUCGGCCCUCCGUGGAAUGAGUUUGGCACGUGCCAUAGAGCAGAGUUUCCCAAACUCGGUCCUCGGUCCAAACUCGGGACCCUCAUCAAGCUUUGAUUAUUUGAAUCAGCUGUUUAGUGCUAGGGCAAAAACCAAAACGUGCACCUGGGGGCAGGGGAAAACCGAGUUUGGGAAACACUGCCAUAGUAAUCAGACAAACAUGUAGGAUACCCUCUGCCUAUUGGCUUCUUUGCAUAUUCAACCCUAUCUCAAAAUACAACACUGCCACUUUAAGGAUAUCCUGGAUGAUGGUUGGCCACCCUUAGUAGCCUAUAAAAUAUUGCAACAUUACAAUUACAACCAAAUACUGUUUGUCUUCAUAAAUUAAUUCCCUCAUUCAAUGAAUCAGGGAUCAAAUGACUAAGGUAGGCUACUUCAAAGCAAGGUAACUAACAAAUACAUGUUUAUCUAUAACCUUGUAAGGCUAAAAUAUUCAGGUUUCAGGGGAGGUCUAUUGACAGCAUGUGAGUUAUUUGUCAAUUAGGCUAUUCUAAGAAUAUUUUUAACGUUGUCAGAAUUACAUGGCCAAUGUUGAAUAGAAGGGAAUCCCAGCACUCCAUUAGUGGCAGAUUUAUGUCUCAACUCCCAAUUUUGAGCGCUUGAGUAGCGGUUUUACAGCAGGAGUAUGUGUCAUUGCUUUAGUAAUGCACCCGUUCAUCAAUUGCACAUCGGAGUGCCGGUGAAUAGAUUUUUAGGACAUCGGACGUUGACAUUAAUACAUGCUAAAAGCUGAAUAGUUAGCUACCGAAAUAAGUAGCCAGGCUACACAAUAUGUUUUGAAUUGGUUAUGUAGUUAGACAACAGACUAUCAUUUUUAUAGGUUACUUGCUGCUACAAUCUGUCUCCCCUCGGCCCCACUCGCACACACAGGUGAUUCACACACCAUGACUUUGCACCAUGAUUUUCAUGACCGUACCCUGUUUGCUGACCACAAAUGUGCUAUAACUGGGUAAAAAAAAACUCACAUUAUCAAUGAAUAUCAGCAAAUGUGCACACUCUCCUGCCUGUCAAUGCAAUGUAGUUCUACUCCGAUGUGCAAAAAUUGGGAGAGCAAUGCACAAAACAUGGCAUCCAGAGGACACUGAUCCAAUUUCUGAUCCGAUUUAAUUGUUUGAUGUUGUGAUUUUUAUUUACUUGACCAUCUCUAUAUUCUGCUUGCCAGACAAUAUUAAAAACUUGUCCCGGACAAGCGUAAAUGUUGAGCCCUGUAUGCCUUAAUUUCUCCAAAAUAUAGACUCUUAGCUUUCAUUUGACACCCAAUUUGACAUGCUCCUAUGAACCACACAUGUUGGUGCUCAUGGGUCCUUUCACAUGGAAAUUACCUAUGUUUUUUAAAUGUAAUUUAGGCAAGUAUUUUUUUCUCACUUAUUUCAACAGGAGAGUUGCUUCCCCCCCCCCCCCCAAUUUUUUUUAAAAAUAAUAAUGAAUAUUGACAGUAAUAUAUGCUACUGCACAAUAUUGCCCUUUCGAUUUUCAGUUCCUAGAGCGAGGAGAGUGGGUGUCUAGAUGUUUAGCGGAGUGAAGAGUAGGUUCCUGAUAGCAGGCUAGACCAGAGUUUCUGUGCUUGCAUUGGCAUGGAGAGCUCUCUGCUAUGGGCCCUCCCCCUAGUCUUGUGCUUCAUGUCACUUGACUCAUUUCACAUGAUCACUUGAAGGCAUUCCCUUUCACUGCAAUGACCUGACCUACACAUAUUUCAGAAAGAACAUUUGCAUGAAUAUGUGGACACUGGAAAGAGUAUGCAGUGAAUGUACUGGCACUUUUUUUUAGGUUAUGAGUGGGGAAAAUGGCAGUCGGUAAACUAUCAGAACAAAAGAUUGGAUAGUUUUAAGCAUAAAUGUCGUGAAGACCUGUAGCGAAAGCUUUACAUUUUUGUUUUCCCAUGCACACUGACUGUAUUUGUCAUUUCUGUUCCACAGAACGAAGACACGGAACAACAGAUCAUCAGAGAAACAUUUCAUCUGGUGUCCAAAAGAGAUGAGAACGUCUGCAAUUUUCUAGAAGGUGGAAUGUAAGAGAUUCAUUUUAAGACAUCAUCAACUGUACUGAAAUCCAUAAGUGUUAAGAUGAGGCUUUGUCUUAACAUUUCCUGCUCGUGUCACAGUGAAAUGCAUAUCCUUUCAAUUCCAUGUAGACAAAUACAACCAUUUGAGCUGAUGAUGUAGGCUACUCUACAGAACGCUACACGAAUAGAAUCAGCUUUUCGUGAGGCAAGAACACAUGACAAAUUGCACUGCAUGGGAGAGAUAUGGGAGAGAGGGAGCCAAUCAGAUGGUGGCCAGCUGGGGAGAGAUCAAUUAGAUCAUUAUGAAGAGUUGAAUAUUCAUUCAUGAAGCAGUCCCAGGUGUUAGGCUAUUGCAUUGUGGAACCUCCUCUCAUUCAACAGAGACUAAUAGAACUGGGGUGUAAAAUGUUUUGCAACUAAAAACGUAUUAGAGAAGUUCAGGUUAGUCUCCUUCUGUUUCUGCCCAUUUUCCUUCUGUUUGGUUCCUAGUGAACACACCCCUGGGAUCCCUGCUAUAUGAUUGUUUCUACUGUUGAGUCCCAUCAACAAAUAUGAUGUUGCUCAAGCAGCUCGACCUUCUACAGACUCAGGUCAACAUGCUUUUAUCAGGCCUUACAAAGAUUGGUCAAGGCUUCUCGACUUGGCUUGCACUUAAAGGAAAACUCCACCCCAAACUAUCCUUUGAAAUUUGUUUCGUUAGUCCAUUGUUAAUGCUGCUGCAGAACUGGUUACUUGUUCAUAAUACCAGCAUGUUUGGCUGUGUUUCAUGUCAUGGAAUGUGUGCAUUGAGAAAUUAACAUCACACUGACUGGUGUUUCAUUAAGGAUCAUUGUGUUGACAACUAUCCCAUGUGUUGAUUGGUGCCAUGUGUGAGUGUAUUUCCCUUGUGGUGUGGACUGUUGUUGUGAUAUAGAGGUGAAGUACUAGGAGACUGCUGAAGUGUCAGUUUGCAGUGUAAGCACACUGGGUAGAUGGCUUGUUGCAUUGAUAUCUAUUAACCAACCUUGGCUCACUUCCACAUGCAUGCCAGUGUUCACAGAUUGCAGGCAAACUCACACCAGCUGGGGUAUAUUUACUAGACGCCAAACAGACUGAAACGGGAGGGACCUAGUUUUUUUUUUUUUUUUUUUUCCUUUCCAAUAAUAAACGCUAGUUUUCCUUAAAACGUUUUCCGUUGCAAAAGUUUUGCUACGGUUUGCACGAAUGAAUACACCCCUGUUCAGAGAACUUUUCGAUUGUCCCCUCAUUUUGUUUUUGUGUCGUCAGGUUGAUCGGUGGGUCUGAGAACAAGCUAAUCUACAGACACUAUGCCACGCUCUACUUCGUAUUCUGCGUCGAUUCCUCGGAGAGCGAGCUUGGCAUCUUAGACCUUAUCCAGGUAAUGUUUCUAAAGCCUUGGUGGAAAAUGUUUUGUUUUUGAACUAUGAACAUUUGGUGCCACCAUCUUAGAUGGGCUAGUUGUUGGUGGACGUGUCAUUGGAGUAAAACAAGGGCCAACCUAUUACACUGUUCAGUGAAUGUGAUAGUCUUUCCACAGGUGUUUGUGGAAACACUGGACAAAUGCUUCGAGAAUGUCUGCGAACUUGACUUAAUUUUCCACGUGGACAAGGUACAAAGUAUUUUAUCAGCUAUAUCCUAUCAAUACACCCUUCAUUUUAAUAUUUCCUAUAUCGAACACCGGCAUUUGAUGUUCACAAUGAAUCUGUGACUCCCCGUAGACACUGACUGUGCCAUUGUGUAAUUUAUUUAAUAUAAGACUGUCUAGGUGACUUGAUCUCCCCUGUGAUAACGCUCGGCCCUGCUGGCUCGUCUUAAGACAAUCUAUUGUCAAUGUCAAUAUCUAGCCAAGUCUGUUGCAGCAGAGCAGGAUAUUGCGGCACUUUCUGCACAGGUUGCCUCGUUUCACGCAGGAAGAUGCCAUUGAUAUUCAUGUAUACACAGGGUAAUAUGAGCAAAGAGAAAGCAAUAUAACUGUGACAGCAGCAAUCUAUAACCUAGUCUCGGAAAACCCAGACGUAGGGCAAUGGCACUGGUGUAUGCAGGAACAUUAUUAAUGGCCAAAGCAACCCAUCUGCCUAGUGAAGCGAAGCAAUCUACAUAAAACAAACCAAUUAUAAAUGGGACUUGGUGUGAUUUAUGUUUGUAUAUUGAAUGUUUUUACAUGAGAUAAGGUUGCAUGUAUAUCUCUCAUCAGGUCAUCUGUUUUCAAAGGUUGUUUAUCUCCUGUUCACAUUUGUUUAGCCUCUUUUAAUAUCUAACAAUAAUAAAUAAGGGAUUUUUUUCUUAGACAAUGAAAUACUUAUUGAAAUUGAUCCUGUAGGUUCCAGAACCCCCCCCCCCACGUCUUUGGGUUACAGCAAUAGGAUGUUUUCUCAGUCAGAGAAUAACCUGUUAAUUGAACAUAUUCUAUUGAACCUGCAGGUCCACAAUAUACUGGCAGAGAUGGUGAUGGGGGGGAUGGUGCUGGAGACCAACAUGAAUGAGAUCAUCACACAGGUGGACGCCCAAAACAAAAUGGAGAAAUCGGAGGUAAGAGUGGCAGUACUUCUUUAUGACUUCCUAUACUCCAGGUAUGUGGAGGCAUGCGUGUAUGCUGGACCCUGCAUGCCCUUCCUGUGAUGCUCCUGAUAGGUGUUUGUGCUCUCUGGCGCUCCACUGCUGCACCACAUAGAAAUACAUUCUCUUCCUACCUACCCCCAAAUAUAUAAUCAUCAUCAUAAAACACAGAUUGUCUCUUCUACCGAAUGUAAAUGUACACAUUGUCCAAUGCAUCUGCGUGAUCCUGAUCCUCAAUCGCCUCAUUGUUCGUCCCACUCUACAGACUGGAAAUGUCCUGUUGGCGCAUUUGCUUAAAUGAGGGGAUGGUAGCGUUUGGAUGACUGUUGAAUGGUUAGUUGUGGUCAUUUUGAUAAAGUUGUCCUGAGCUGAUCUUUUUAGCAUCUGUGAGCUGAUAUCCUGUAGCUGAGUUGUCCAUGAUAUUAAGACCUAGAUAUUGCUUGGUUCUCAUGCAGCUGUUGUCACUAAUGAAUUAGCAGAUCUCUUGGAAUAUAGUCUCUAAAUUUCACCAUUCCUGAAAACAGAUUGUUACAGCCAGAGACAAUUUCAUGGAAUCAUUGCCAUUUGCCAAUGGCAGAACAAUGCCAUCAUGACUUAGACUUGGUGUAUUUUAAAUUGACACACACACACACACAGUUCUCUAGUUAAAUAAACGAAUAUGAAGCGAAAUAUUUCAGAAAAGCCUAAAAUGUUUAUCAGUAAGUUCUUUUGAUGAGAUAUUUGGUCAGGUUACGUUUGCUUGGCUGUUAUUGUAAUGUAGUGCUGCUACACUAUAAGGUUACACGGUGAGACUCUAAAGGCCAUGGAUGUGUAACUUGCUGUUAAGUUAUCUUUGUUUCAAAUUGGUGCUGUACCAUUGGCUAACAUUUUACAGAUUUUACCUCACUGUAGCAAUGUGGCUGUAUCUAUGGAAACAAUGCUUUGGUAACAACUUUAGGCUGCAUUUUGUGGUUGAUCAAAUGGAAUCAUUCUUGACAGAUGUAUUGUAAGCCGAGUUUUGACUGUUCAACAAACAUCAGAUCUGGUCCGUCUUUUCCUUCUUGGACCUACCCUAGACCGCAGUGUUCCUCAUAGUCAUAAUCAUUCAAACUUCACCACCAAACCUAAUUCAGACACAUAAAGAAUGAUGUAAACUAAAUAAAUUCCUAGCAGUGUGUAAAAAAUCGUCAACACAAAUUGGUGAAGAAUGGAUUUAGUUCACUUUCACAUGCUCAACCGGCUCAAUGUAAAACAUCAGAAGUGUUUCUAUGAAUUUGGAGGUGUUGAGGCCUCUCUCAGUUGCGUGUCUAUGAAUGCGGUCUACGAUAGGUCUUUUCACGUUCUAUUUAUACUGAACAAAAAUAUAAACGCAACAUGCAACAGUUUCAACGAUUUUACUGAGUUACAGUUCAUACAAGGAAAUCAGUGAAUUUAAAUAAAUUCAUUAGGCCCUAAUCUAUGGAUUUCCCAUGACUGGGCAGGGGCGCAGCCAUGGGUGGAGCCAGGUCCACCCACUGGGGAGCCAAGGCCCAGCCAAUCAGAAUUAGUUUUUCCCCACAAAAGGGCUUUAUUACAGACAGAAAUACUCCUCACUUUCAUCAGCUGUCCGGGUGGCUGGUCUCAGACGAUCCCGCAGGAGAAGAAGCCGGAUGUGGAGGUCCUGGGGUUGGAUGUACUACCAAAUUCUCUAAAACGAUGUUGGAGCCAGCUUAUAGUAGAUAAAUCUCUGGCAACAGCUCUGGUGGACAUUCCUGCAGUCAGCAUGCUAAUUGCACGCUCCUUCAAAACUUGAGACAUCUGUGGCAUUGUGUUGUGUGACAAGACUGCACAUUUUAGUGGCCUUUUAUUGUCCCCAGCACAAGGUGCACCUGUGUAAUGAUGCCAUUUAAUCAGCUUCUUGAUAUGCCACACCUUGGAUUAUCUUGGCAAAGGAGAAAUGCUCACUAACAGGGAUGUAAACAAAUUUGUACACCAAAUUUGAGAGAAAUAAGCUUUAUGUGCGUUUGGAAAAUUUCUGGGAUCUUUUUUUAUUUCAGCUCAUGAAACAUGGGACCAACACUUUACAUGUUGCGUUUAUAUUUUUGUUCAGUAUAUACAAACUAUAAUUACUCUGAUCUGCUUUAACAACAUUCCUCAUUCCUCUUUUUCCCUGACCAUUUCUAGUUCUUUGCAUUCUUCUCUCUUUACAGAUGUUUAUCUUUCAGUCUCCCAGACAGGACAGGUAGACACAGGUACUACUACAUUUCCAACCAAGUACUGUAACCUCCCAAAUUUACACUAUAUCUAGUUCUCCAUAGGCUGACCGCUUAAUAGCAAAACGACGUCACUAACAUCCAAAUCUUUUACAGCAGACCCAACAAUUUAUCACUGUUAGAGUAAUGAAACCCCAUAUUGCUUAGCCACUGUUAAGGAAAUCGGUUAACAUGAUUCAAUGAUCAUUUGAAACUUCCAUGUAUGGUGAUAGUAAAUCGUUUUUAAUUAGGAUGACAGGGACUUGAUAUUGCACCAAUACCAACGUUUCGGGCAAACUAGGCUUAGCCAUACAGAAGUGUUUGUCAAUAAAUGCAGGUGGGCAGUUUUUUUAAAUCUGGUCCCAUCAUAGCCCAUAUAAAAACGUUUUUACAGCUGAUUUAUUACUAUGUCAUACACUACAACUAGGGUCCAGAGUUGGUUAGGUUAGCCUACUACCAGAUCAGGAAAAAUGCUGGGCCCCAGGAAAACAAUUCCCCCCCACCACUCUGGGACCUGUGGUGCCACCUCUGUAAUCACCACACAAUGUUACAAAUUAAAAACCAUAUCCUAUGUGUGUGAUCUACAUUUGUUUUUGGUGGCAGGGAUGGGCUUCCAUAGUUUUACGUGGCUCAGUGCAGCCGGCAGCUACUGCAAAAUGUUCAGAAUGUAACAGGCUGUUACUGCGAUUUCAGGUAACUCAACAAAACUAGUCUCAAAUAUUAGGAACAUGUCAAUACAUUUCAGCAGUUUCAAAAACAUUGCUCCGCUAUUACCAUUUAUACUGUAGGAGUGUUGGCUCAACGAGACAAUUCUGUUUACACUGCCCUGCUUCAAGUGGGGGCAACUGUCGGGCGAGUGUCAUCUCCAGAUGUAGCGCGAGCAACGUAGCAAGUACGCAAGUUUACAUGCAUACGUGUAGCCGACUGUAUUUUUACCAAAAGUCUAAGUGUGAAGAGCAGUGGAGGCUGCUGAGGGGAGGACGGCUCAUAAUAAUUGCUGGAACGGAGUGAAUGGAAUGGCAUCAAACACACAGAAACCAUGUCUUUAAUGUAUUUGAUACCAUUCCACCGAUUCCGCUCCAGCCAUUACCAUGAGCCCGUCCUCCCCAAUUAAGGUGGCACCAACCUCCUGUGGUGAGGCUCUAAGAGGUGCAAUUAUACUGUUCACCUGUCUGGUCUGGCUUGGUGUUUGUGUCUGUAACAGAGAGGUCUCGUCGCAAUUUCGCAGGUACUGAAAAUUCAAGCCAAACCUCGCUAGGUUGCUAGAUAGCCAAGCACAACUCUGCAUGCUCUGCAUGUCUCUAUUGGUUCUUGUCAACAUGUUCUGCUUUGCUGCCCUAUAACUCGUAUCAGACUGCUUUUAUGACAUGUGUAAACCACUGUUUACAUACAUUAAAUGUGUGUUUUACCUCUUGGUGUGUGACACAUCAGUGUUUAUUAAUCAACAGACCAUAUCCCAAGCCAGUCAUUUGGUUUCCCAGGCAGUCACAGCUCAGUGCUGACACAGCAGUAAUGCCUGUUUGGGGAGAUCUGUGGAACAUAGUUUUAGUACGGCGUGAUUCUUAAGAUAUAUAUGUGUGACUGAGUACUAGACCAGAAACCUAGGCAACUGGCAAGGAGCAAGUCUAAUUUGUCUCCCUUGAGUUGUUACAUAUAGUUUAGGCUAUACAGUAUGAAGUAGUUGACUGGCUGCCAAGGUUAGUAAAAACCCAGGGUUCUUCUCGUUUGAGGACAGUAGCUACUCUGUAUUGCCACUCAACUUGAGAGCAGCAAAAUGUAUGAAGGAGACUUAAACUGACCUCAUGUUUUUAAUUACAGCGGAUGAAAUGAGAAUCCUGUGUACAUCAAGGGUUCGAACCGGUUCAGGGAGCAGAACCGGAAAAUAACUAUAUUUUUCAAGGAACAGAAUCAGAACCGGGAACGAAAGUGAUCUAUACUAUUCCGGAACAGAACUGUUAUUUUAAAAGCAUGGGAACCGGUUAAUAAUGUUAUUUUACGUUCCGGGCAACAACAAAAAACGCAACAAAGCGCCAGUAUCUGCAUGCCAGCCUAAAAUCUUUGCCAGUGUGUGCGCGCGUGUGAAGGCUACCUGUCCCUGCCCCUCUGAAGCAUAGCUAUAAGCCUACUGACGUUACAAGCGUGAUUCAGAAGAUAGGGAGAGGUUUUUAAUUAGAGAAGAAUGGAUUUACUUUUCAAUGCUAGUUAGGGAUACUAUAGUUAUCACAUUUCACAUUGGAUUUAUUAACUACAAGAAGGUAAGAUGUGUUUUUAAUUAUGGUGCUGCUCUGCACACACAAGCUUGUUAGCGAUCUAGCAUCUCUGGUCCAACGUUAAGCCAACUCUGAAGUUCAAAGACUUUCAAAAUUCCUCCAUAGAAGACGCUCCUCCGUAGGUAUAAUUCUUUAUUUUGUUGGUCGGAACAUUGGAACGGAACUUAAAAAAUAAGGGUUCUGUUCAGAAAGAAACCAUUGAACAAUUAUUUUUGAAAUGGCUAAACAACUGCUUUAAACAGCUAGUGAUCGCUACAGAUUUUAUAUUUGUAACCGGUCCUAUGGUAGUUGAAAAGUGAGACCUUGUUUUACUAAUUUUCACACCUAGAAAGUGUAGCCUAGUAGCUAGAAGCUGUUUUUGAAUUUUAAUUUAUGGGUCUGACUGUUGAAGAUUCUGUGGGUGGAUCUCUAACAGCGGUGAUUUUCAAAAGCAAUCCCUCAAAAUCUAGGGAUCAAGAAAUGUUAUUCAUAGCAAAUGUCCAUUACUUAUUUUGCUAUUGACAUUUCAACCAAUAUGUUUCCGUAUCUGAAAUUAUAUUAGAUAACCUUUUUAUAUCGUUUUCUAUUGACCAAUGCUUUGAAAUUCACUGCUUUAGUGGGUUUCCUCCCUCCUUCAGUAUACCAUAGAGUAGACACCUUGUUGUGACGUAGUAUUACACCAAUUCCCCACAUGGUCCAUAUCAUUGGGUAAUACCAUGGAAAUAACUCACAACAUUGAAUAGCUGUCGCUUGAAUCUUUUAUGUACAUUUUAAUAAUCAAACAUUAGCCUAGAUUGAACAGUCAUAUUUUGCACUGAACCUUGUCACCCCCCGUUACCAACUAGUAAGUCCUUACCUUACCGUGUGAAGAGUUGUUGCAAUUGUAAUAAAUUACACUAUGUCUUUGAAAAAGUUCCUAAAUGUUUUAAUCAGUAAAACAUAGUCUGUUGUUUAUUGUACUUCAGGAAUGGUCAGAAAAAGGUCUACGAAACUAUUAUGAAUUGUAAUAAUGAUGUUAUUUCACUGAGAAUUACUUAAGCUGUAAGAAAUGUACAGUGCAUUCGGAAGUAUUCAGACCCCUUGACUUUUUCCAAAUGUUUUUCUGUUAAAAUGGAUUAAAGGAAGAAACAAAUCCCUCAUCAUUCUACACACAAUUCCCCAUAAUGACGAAGCAAAAACAUUUUUAUUUUUGCAAAUAAAUAAACUGAAAUUACAUUUACAUAAGUAUUCAGACCCUUUACACAGUACUUUGUUGAAGCACCUUUGGCAGCGAUUACAGCCUCGAGUCUUCUUGGGUAUGACGCUACAAGCUUGGCACAACUGUAUUUGGGGAGUUUAUCCUAUUCUUUUCUGCAGAUCUUCUCAAGCUCUGUCAGGUUGGAUGGGGAGCGUCGCUGCACGGCUAUUUUCAGGUUUCUCCAGAGAUAUUCGAUCGGGUUCAAGUCCGGGCUUUGUCUGGGCCGCUCAUGGACAUUCAGAGACUUGUCCCGAAGCCACUCCUGCAUUGUCUUCGCUGUGUGCUCAGGGUUGUUGACCUGUUGGAAGGUGAACCUUCGUCCCAGUCUGAGGUCCUGAGCGCUCUGGACAAGGUUUUCCUCAAGGAUCUCUCAGUACUUUGCUCCAUUCAUCUUUCCCUCGAUCCUGACUAGUCUCCCAGUCCCUGCUGCUGAAAAACAUCCUCACAGCAUGAUGCUGCCAACACCAUGCUUCCCCGUAGGGAUGGUGACAGGUUUCCUCCAGAUGUAACGCUUGGCAUUCAGGCCAAAGACUUUCAUCUUGGUUUCAUCAGACCAGAAAAUCUUGUUUCUCAUGGUCUGAGAGUCUUUAGGUGCCUUUUGGAAAACUCCAAGCGGGCUGUCAUGUGCCUUUUACUGAGGAGUAGCUUCCGUCUGGCCACUCUACCAGAAAGGCCUGAUUGGUGGAGUGCUGCAGGUCUGGAAGAUUCUCCCAUCUCCACAGAGGAACUCUAAAGUUCUGUCAGUGACCAUCGGGUUCUUGGUCACUUCCCUGACCAAGGCCCUUCUCCCCGAUUGCUCAGUUUGGCCGGGCGGCCAGCUCUAGGAAGAGUCUUGGUGGUUCCAAACUUCUUCCAUUUAAGAAUGAUGGAGGCCACUGUGUUCUUGGGGACCUUCAAUGCUGCAGAAAUGUUUUGGUACCCUUCCCCAGAUCUGUGCCUCGACACAAUCCUGUCUCGGCGCUCUACAGACAAUUCCUUUGACCUCAUGGCUUGGUUUUUGCAAAUCAUGUCCGAUCAAUUGAAUUUACCACAGGUGGACUCCAAGUUGUAGAAACAUCUCAAGGAUCAUUAAUGGAAAUAGGAUGCACCUGAGCUCAAUUAUGAGUCUCAUCGCAAAGGAUCUGAAUACUUAUGUAACUAAGAUAUUUCUGUUUUUUUAUUUGUAAGAAAUUUGAAAACAUUUCUAAAAACCUGUUUUCGCUUUGUCAUUGAGGUAUUGUGUGCAGAUUGAUGAGAGAAUAAAAAACAAUCAAUUUUAGAAUAAGUCUGUAACGUAACAAAAUGUGGAAAAAGUCAAGGGGUCUCAAUACUUUCUGAAUGCACUGUAUAUGAGUGAGCAGAGUAAAUCUUAGCGUAGCGUGAUUUCCAUUAGGCCGUCUGAUAUUGCUCUAGUUAGUUUCCCAAGACACACAGCCUAUAUAAGACAUUUUACUUCAGUCACAUGCCCAAUUUAUGUUUUCUAAAUUCUAUAAACAUUCUAUACAUACCUAUAGCUUCAUUUCCUCCUCAUAUCAAAAUACAUUUUUUCUGCUUUACCCAAUUCUCUCCUUGCAUUUGUAUCCUUAUGGGUCCUCAAGAAUUCGGUGGGUUCACUUUUCAAGCAAUGCUGCCUCUGUCUUUAAAGAAAAGUAAAUUUAAUAUUUGAAGAUCAAUGAAUGUAGCACUGUUCUCACAGUUGAUUCAUAAUUGGCCCUGGUUGUGAUGUAAAUCAUAAAUGAACCAAAUAUUGCAUGUGCAUAUGAAGCUAGGCGUUUGGAUGUACAUUUGCACAUAUGUCUGUUAGUAGUCGAUGCUUUGCAUUUUGUCUGGUGGUGUCUGUGGUGCUGUGUGUUUAGUCCUGUGGGGUUGUGUGUCCCUGUCCAUUGUGAGUGUCUGGUGGUGUCUGUGGUGCUGUGUGUUUAGUCCUGUGGGGUUAUGUGUCCCUGUCCAUUGUGAGUGUCUGGUGGUGUCUGUGGUGCUGUGUGUUUAGUCCUGUGGGGUUAUGUGUCCCUGUCCAUUGUGAGUGUCUGGUGGUGUCUGUGGUGCUGUGUGUUUAGUCCUGUGGGGUUGUGUGUCCCUGUCCAUUGUGAGUGUCUGGUGGUGUCUGUGGUGCUGUGUGUUUAGUCCUGUGGGGUUAUGUGUCCCUGUCCAUUGUGAGUGUCUGUGGUGUCUGUGGUGCUGUGUGUUUAGUCCUGUGGGGUUGUGUGUCCCUGUCCAUUGUGAGUGUCUGGUGGUGUCUGUGGUGUCUGUUUCUAGGGAUUCUUAACUGCGUUUUAUUUAUGUUUUGUGUGCAGGCUGGUAUUGCAGGAGCCCCUGCUCGUGCUGUGUCCGCUGUAAAGAACAUGAACCUCCCCGAAAUGCCCAGAAACAUCAACAUUGGAGACAUCAGUAUAAAAGUGCCAAACUUACCCUCCUUCAAAUAG